AUGGGGCUGAAAAAGAAGAAGCAAAAAACAUCGGAACCGGAAUGCAAGAUUUCCUAUUUUCAAAUCUUCCGCUACGCUACAUGUUUGGAAUUAUUCGCAACGAUCAUCGGCAUCUUGCUGGGACUACUGAGCGGUGGUGGAGUAUGCUACAAUUUGGUACAAUUUGGUGAGCUAAGCACAUCAUUUGUGGAGCGAACAGCAAAUCAAGAUCAACUCUCCAGUUACUUACCUCUGACAACCCUUUUUGGUGGUGGGCGAAGAUUGAUGAAUGCGUCUUAUGAAGAGAACAUGGAGGCUUUGGUUGAGGACGCUAAAGCCAUGUGCAUUGGAAUGUUCGUAUCCAUAGGAAUCUCGCUCAUUUUCUGCAUGGUAUCGGUGGCACUCAUCAGCUGGAGUGCUUUGCGGCAGAUAACGAGGAUUAGGAUGCUGUUCUUAGAGGCGGUGCUUCGUCAGGACAUGUCAUGGUACGACACCGAUUCUGACUUUAACUUAGCAUCGAAAAUGUCCGAAAAUAUGAUGAAACUAAAGGAAGGGAUGGGUGAAAAGUUGGGAGUAGUCGCUAAUCUAGUGGGCACAGCAAUACUGUGCCUCUGCCAAUCCUUUCCUCUAGGAUGGGAACUCACGCUAGCCUGCAUCACUGUCGUACCAUUCUCUAUUACAGCGUCCAUUAUUUUGUCAAAUUACCAAACGAAAUCAUCAAUGAGGGAGAUGAACGCUUAUAGCCAGGCGGGCAAACAGGCCGAAGAAGUGCUAAAAUCAGUAAAGACGAUCGUCGCGUUCGGUGGAGAAAGCAAGGAAAUUGAGAGAUACCGCCAUUUAUUGGAGCCAGCAGAACGAUAUGGACGGAAAAGGGGUUUGUACACCGGCUUGGGCACUGGUUUCAAUUGGGUCUUAACAUACUCUUUGAACGCGAUUGGCCUCACCUACGGCACGCGACUUAUUCUUAUUGAUUGGGAAAAACCAACUGACGAGAGAAAAUACUUAGUUGGAGUUGUGUUCAGCAUUCUGUUCAGUGUGUAUAUGGCUACCCAAUCGAUAACAUUCUGCGUACCUCACGCCGAGGUAUUUGCGGCGGCACGUGGAGCUGCGGCGAGCAUUUUCCAACUUUUAGAUCGAGUGCCGUCCAUAGACAGCUUGGACUCUGGCGGCCUGUCGCCCCGCAGAGUGAUAGGCGAUAUUAAUCUGGAAGACGUACAUUUUAGCUAUCCGUCACGCCCUAACGUAAAGGUACUCCAAGGCUUUUCUUUGCACAUUAAACCUGGGGAAUGCGUCGCACUGGUUGGAUCAUCUGGAUGUGGCAAAAGCACUAUUCUUCAGCUGCUGCAGAGACUAUACGAUCCCCACUUGGGGACGGUUAAGCUGGAUGGAAAGAACGUUAAAAGUCUUAAUUUAAGCUGGUUAAGAUCUAGCUUAGGCGUGGUCGGACAGGAACCAGUGUUGUUCCGGGGUACGAUUUAUGAAAACAUUUCAAUCGGAAUUCCCGAAGCAACUAGAGAGGACGUUCAAAGAGUAGCGGAAAUUGCCUACGCUCAUGACUUUAUAACACAAUUGCCCAACGGAUACGAUACAGUCAUAGGAGAGAGGGGAGCAUCUCUUUCGGGCGGCCAGAAACAGCGGAUAGCCAUAGCGAGGUCCCUUUUACGCGAGCCGGCUGUUUUACUACUGGAUGAGGCGACCUCAGCGCUGGAUCCUCACUCGGAAAGACAAGUGCAAGCGGCACUGGAUAGAGCCAGUGUCGGCCGAACAACUCUCGUGGUUUCACAUAGAUUAUCUACAAUAGUCAAUGCAGAUCGAAUCAUAUGUAUGGACCAAGGUGCAAUAGUUGAGCAGGGGACCCACGAGGACCUUAUGAAAGCGAAGGGUUUCUAUUACAAACUUGUAACAACAGGCAACGAGAACAGAGAACCCGAUGUAAUAGAAACUUUGCCCGAAGAAAAUGAUAGCAACACUGAGCCUGGGGAUGCAUCUUCGCUUCCCAGGCUAGACGUGAAAAGAAGAUCAAACAGAAGGCUACAUCGGCAUCAUUCGACGAAACGAGAUUCACAUGACUGGAUGACCCCACGUGGUUCCAUAUCUUCUGUCAUGUCUACCGGCCUGCAAAAUUUUGUUUAUAACACAGAGUAUGAAUUAGAAGAAGAGAAAGAAGAUGAAGAUGAAGAAGUCAAACCUGUAAGCGACUGGCAACUUUUAAAACUAAACGGACCAGAGUGGCCUUACAUAGUCGUGGGGUCCAUUGCUGCCUUUAUUCAAGGCGCCUGCUUCCCUGUCUUCGCUUUGCUAUUUGGCUACACUGGUGGUAUCUUUAUUCUAAAGGAUCACAGUGAAAUAAUUUACUUCGCGGACUUCUAUUCCGGUAUGUUUGUAGUGGUGGCUGCUGUGGCAGGCGUCUCAAUGUUCCUACAGAGUGCUACCUUCACACAUGCUGGAUUAAAAAUGACGACAAGGCUAAGAUAUCAAUACUUCUCGGCGAUACUAAGACAGGAGAUUGGAUUCUUCGACAAAGAGAGCAACACUGUGGGAGCGAUGUGCGCUCGCCUUAGCGGCGACGCUGCAGAGGUGCAAGGCGCUACGGGACUCAGGAUUGGUCUGAUACUGCAAGGGACUAGCUCCGUCUUCGUUGGCUUCAUAAUGGCAAUUUGUUAUAACUGGAAACUGACACUCGUCGGCACUGCCUUCCUGCCUCUUAUGGUUGGAAGCAUUUGGCUAGAAGGAAUAAUAUCUCAAAAGUCACAGAGCGACGAACGGGCUGCAAUGGAAUCUGCAACUGCAAUCGCUACCGAGGCUGUUGUCAGUAUUAAAACUGUUCAAAGCUUAGGCGUGGAGGCCACAUUUUUAAAGAGAUUCGAAGUAGCUUUAGUAGAGGCAUGCGCUGCGGUGUCGAAGAAAACCAGGUGGCGGGGCCUUGUUCUUGGCCUGGGGGUAUAUGUGCCCUUUAUGUCUUACUGCAGUGCGACAGUUUAUGGAGCAGUUUUGGUAGCCUACGAGGGGCUGGAGUACAAAAUUGUCUUGCUUGUAAACGAGGCUAUAAUGUACGGAGCAUACAUGUUGGGUCAAUCUUUGGUUUACGCACCCAGUUUCAAUUCAGCAAAAGCCUGUGGUGCGAGAAUAUUGUCUGUGAUCCAGAGACAGCCAAAAGUUAGGACGGAGGAAGGAGUGAAAGACCGAAAAGAUUGGGCCGCAACUGGUAACUUCAGCAUCAAAGAAGUGGAAUUCUGUUAUCCCACACGACCAAAUCAAAGGGUAUUGAGAGGACUAGACCUCAAGGUUGACGCUGGAAAAACGGUGGCGUUGGUUGGUUCUUCUGGGUGUGGAAAAUCUACGGUUCUGCAACUAAUGCAACGUUUCUACGAUCCCGAUUCUGGCAACAUUGAGCUUGAUAGUCGUGACAUACGUAUGAAAUUAACACUCCCUCGGCUGCGGCGUCAGCUUGGGGUCGUACAGCAAGAGCCGGUGUUGUUCGACCGGACUUUGGCUGAAAAUAUAGCUUACGGAGACAACAACCGCAAGGUGUCCAUGCAAGAGAUCAUUGCUGCUGCUAAAGCUGCUAAUAUUCACAGCUUUAUUGUAUCCCUACCCAAGGGUUAUGACACUAAUCUGGGUGCAAGCGGCGCUCAGCUAUCUGGCGGACAAAAACAAAGGGUGUGCAUUGCGAGGGCUCUCAUAAGAUCGCCUCGCCUCUUGUUACUGGACGAAGCCACUUCAGCUCUGGAUGCGAACAGCGAGAGGGCUGUGUCGGAGGCGUUAGAGAAAGCGGCCAAAGGGCGCACUUGCAUAACGAUCGCCCAUAGACUGUCUACAAUAAAGGAUGCCGAUCUCAUUUGUGUUUUGGAUAAAGGGAGAAUCCUAGAGCAGGGCACGCAUGCGGAACUAAUCAACUUAAAAGGCUACUACUGGAGAAUGUGCAAGGGACAAAACAUGGCA